AGCAACCCUGGGAGCAUCGACGCUUUAAAGCGCAAUGUGACGUGUUUCGUUUUCAUUAUCUUCCAUAUUACACAAUUACAAACAUUUAAAAUUUAUUUCAAUUGAAAAUUGUAUUAAUUUAUAUAUUAAUUUUAAUGAUUGAACUAGUGAAUAAGUGGAUCGAUUGUUGUUUUAAUUUAACAAUAGCUACGUGUGUGUUGUAAUCUUGGGGCGUCGUCAGGUUAGGUUCACCCUCAACCACCAAGAAAAAAGAACAACGUAAAUUGGAGACAAUGAUGGAAGACGAUGAUCAAGAAGAGUUACGUUAUACAACUGGAAGUGAUGUUGAAAUUGAAGAAUACACUGAUACUGAAGAAUCAACGUAUCCAGUUUAUCAACAAUCAGACAAGUUGUUUGACAUUGAUUCACCUUGUUGGCAAAAUUUUAUUUUUCUCAUCACGCUCAGCAUUGUCAUUGUCUCAAUCACAGCCUCCAUAAUCAGCUAUCCACUCUAUCAUGAGAGUAUCAGUGCAGCAUCAAGUGCAUAUGCAGGAUUACUCUUCACCGCAUUUUCAAUGACCUGUAUCCUCGGUGUCAUCUGUUUCAUUGUCGAGAAGAUCUCACCACCACCAGCACUCAUACCAAAUAGCAUGAGAAUAAAAAUUCCACGUUGCAGUCUUGUCAAGAUAAGUGUUAUAUACGCAUUUGCUGGAAUUCUCAUGAACCUCUCGUUGGAUCAAAACCGAGUACUCUGUCAUCUACAAGAUCCCAUCAAGGGCAUAACUCUUGUUUUUUCUCUUGUAUAUUAUUUUAUAUUUUCACGAAAAAUGAUGAGCUUGCAGCGAAUAUUUUCAAGCACAACAAUUAUUGUUGGAUUAUUUAUAAGUGUUGAUUAUGGUCUUUGUGAUGAAUUUCGUUGUAGAGGUCGUGAAGUUCCAGCUCAUGCUGUGACAUUGAGAGGAACAUGGGGUAUUCGAGCUGUUUGGACUGUUAUUUAUGUUGUAGCACUUGCAACAUUUGCGUUAUUUUUUACACUAUUGGAAGUACAUUUUAGCAAUGGUCAAAGAAAUAAUUGUCGUAUGUUAUCCAUACAAAACAAUUCUUUUCUUUAUACUGUAUCAAGAUUGGUGUCAUCACGUGACAUUAGACGAAGAGGAUCAGAGGAAGAAGGUGGUCGUUUAUUGCACGUUACUGAUCCUGAUCCAACAAUAAAGCAAAAACACUAUCCAAAACCUCCAGUACUCAAGACACUUUUUCACAUUCAUGUCGUUGCUUUUAUUGUCAUUUUGGCAUUCAGUUGGAUCGAUACUGUGCCAGGAAUCGGCAGGGGCUUAAGUCCAAAUGAUUUGUACAAGACAAUUGUACAUGGUUUCAAGUGUCAUUUUUGGGGUGGUACUACGUGCUCAAAUGUUGCAAAUCAUGGAUGGAUAUUUAUUUUUUCAUAUACUGUAUUUUUUAUAUCAUCUGUUAAUUUUCUUGAAAUGUGUGAAAGUGCUGUUUUUACAGUUGCAGCAAUGAGUACUUCAUUGCCACUCACUGGUAUUUGGUGGAGUAUUUAUAAAAUGGAUAUUGAUGCAAAUAAAGCAAUGAUUAUUUGGUCACCUGGUGUUACUGGAGAAUUGAUUUGUGCAUUACUUGGUCUUCCUAUUGUUCUUCUUGGUCUUGGAUUACUUGUAAGAUCACAUUUUCGUGAUUGCCAACAAAAUUAUCAAAAAAUUACUCCAGAUUUACAUCGUGAUAUUUGUCAGAGAUAAAUCAAACGUAAAUAACUCAAUUAAUAAAAGCUUAGAAAAUAAUUUGAGUUAAAUUAAAUUGAUUUGAUUUAAAACGAAAAUCAAAAACAAAGUCAAAUUAAUUUCUAAAUUAUGCCAAUAAAUUCACCGAGCCAAAUUGUUAGCAGUUUAAAUUUUUUAUUUAUUAGAUUUUUUUAAUAAUAAAUAUACAAGACAUAGUAUGCGCAAAAAAUAAAUAAAAAAAAAACAUGAAAGUAGCUUUAUAGAUUGAUAAACAAAAAUGACGAGAAUAUUCUUAGCUAAUUUUUGAAAAAUGUAUAAAUGUAUUUUUUUUUUGUCUAUUUUUUAAAACCAAUUUGUUCUUCCUCUAAUUUGCCAAACCACAUGAGUAUUAUUAUUAUCGUAAAACAAAAAUAUAAUUAUAGAAAAAAUGUUAGAAGAAAAAAAAAAUGAAUUUUUUAAAAAUUCUGAAUGGAUUUAUAGUUGUUGAUAUUGGUGUGACAAUAUUUUGUAUUUAUAUUAAUCAACAUACCUUUUUAAUUUCGUUUAUUAAACACUCGAAAAAAUAUAUAUUUAUAUUUAAUUGUUGAAUGACAAUAUUGACAUUUGAUGCUUGGGUCUUUAACAAUUAAUUUAUAAAUAAUAUAAUAUUUUUGUUUUUAUUUUCUAAUGAUUAUUAGAAAAGUUAAAAAGUGAUGUUAGGAGAUAAUUAUUAUAGAAUAAAUUAUAAAUUUUUUGAAAAGUCAAUGGGAAUUAUAUUCUACUUAAAUGUGUCAAUAAACGUCCACAUUUUUAUAAUGACAAUUUUAAUUAAAACAGUGAAUAUUAUUUCAACUGGAGGAAAUGUAAACAAUAAUAAUUUUUAGCAGGGUCAAUUGAUUGUUUUUUUUUUUUUUUAACUUCUUUUUUUGAUUUUUUUUUAUAAUUAAUUAUUCAACAAAAAAAAAAAAACAGUAUAACAAUUGCGUCCGAAAUUGAAUAUCUUAGUUGGUCGUUUAUACAUAGAUUUUAAAUGAAAUAAAAAAAAUUAUUAAUUAAUGAAAUAGAGAACAAACAAAAAAGUGUUUAUAUUUUUAAAAAAAGCUCAGUGAAUUAGGAACGUAUUCAUUCAAAUUAUACAACAAAAAUAAACAAAAAAAAAAAAAGGUAAUAAAUAAAUUUUGUAUUCACAACAUUAAAUUAUUGUUAUAAUAAUUAAAAAUAAAAGACAAAAAAAAAAGAAAAGAAAAAUAGAAUCAUGUUAUCAAAACCCAGCAAACAAAUUUUUCUUGUAAAAAGUAUAAUCUUUUCGUUAGCUAAUUGAGAAAAAUUAUAUUUUUUUAUAGCAAAACCAAAAACGAAUGAUUUCAAUGAAAUGACAAAUAGCAAAAUGAAUAAAAAUUUUAUGUAAAAUUCGUUCCUAUAACACUGUUGUUAAAUUUAAAAACUAAAUUAACAAAAAAAAAUAUAUAUAUGCACAUCUGUGCUCUAGGUGUCAUGAAAUAAUGAAAGCAAUUAGAAAAUUAUGAUAAAUAAAUAAAUAAAAAUCUGCUCAACUGGAAUAAAAAAAUGUACCAUCUUGGAGUAUUGAUUAAUCACAAGUUGGAUAGUCUUUCAAUGUUAAAUCGACUUAACUUAAUGUAACUUA